AUGUUCAAGCUUUUCUUCCUCGCCGCUAUGGCACACUCUGUCCUUGCUGUGCCCGCCGAAGCUAUUCACGGCACUACUCUCGAACGACGUGCAAACACUUGGGAAGCACAUGCUAAAUACUACGGUCUGGGAGGCAGUGUUGGAAACGAAAUUUACAUCUCAGGCACAUGGCAGCCCGCCACCAGCAAACCUAUUGGCAGCGACUCGGGACCGUGUAGCGCACGCAUUGGAGGAAUUAGCACAGGCACCCCCUUCGAUGUCAACUGUGCGUGCCAAAUUACAAGUAAUAACCCGUUCGGUAUCACGUCGAUGUGCAUUCUAGACUUUAGUGAGGAAGAUUCCGGCGGUGCGUGGGCCGCGGGAUUUUCUGUGGCUUUUGUCUGCAAUGCAUUCAGUAGCUGUACUGGUACGAAUGCGUACUCGGUUAGUUCCUCGAACUCUCGAUGCACUAAUGUGGCUGGCACUCCUUGCCAGGGUUUUAAAGUUACGCCCUAG